GUUCACAACUAAAUCUUACCAACGGGCUCACCGACGCCAACGAUGUCGACCCGCUCAAGAACAAAAUCGGCGUCAGCUACAAAUAAUGUCAAGGCGCGCGCGAGAUCCUUGAAGAGCGAGGACCAUAUGAGCGAGAUGGAAAAGGAGACCAAGAUUGGUCGUGGGAAGGCAAAGACACCUGUGAACGCUACCCACAACGCCCAGGACAGCCAGCCGAAGGAGAAAUCUACAUUUUGUCUUUGCCAUCAACCGGAUGAUGGCACGCCCAUGGUCUGUUGUUCCGUCUGUGAUGAGUGGUAUCAUUUUCACUGUGUGAUGCUCGGCGAGGGGGAGGCUUCAGAACUUCAGAUUUAUGUAUGUCCUACAUGCAAUGAAUUAACUGGUCGGCGUACAGUCAAGAAGUGGGAAGGACCUGAUGCAGCAGAAGAACACGUCGACGCCGAGCAUGACGAGACCAAAGUUGCUACCACUGCCAGGCUCCCGACGCCCCCUCCGGCUAUUCUCCAAUCAGAAUCGGAGGACGAUACAGACAGCGAGGAUGAAUACAUUGCGGAGCCAGAGAAGUUCAAAAGGAAAGGAUCCUCAUCUGCCAAGCGUCGACGCAGAGUUUCCAGUUCCAGCGAGUCUGACACACUUUCCAACGUUCUCGAAAGCACCGCUGCCCGAGAAUCUUCCCAAAAGGCUGGCCCAUCAGGAUCAUCAGCUAGGAAGGCGUCUCCCAUCCCAGGUUCUGGUCUCAAGCGAAAGGCGACGAGUGUCACCCAGCCUCCUAUUCCAAAACGCAGGAGAUCCAGCGAUGCCACAGCUGAAGAGGAUCCAGCAAGAAAGUACUGUCUUGGAAAACUCCAACAGCUGUUUUGUUCGAUUUUUUUAAGGUACCCGCAUGCUGCUGCGACGGAGGAUGGCAGUAAGGUCGAGCUCAAUGAGGGUGAAUUAAGUGAGGAAGAUAAGACGCGCUUAGAGGAAGAGGCGAAGGCGUUUGCGACGGAGAUUGAGCAAUGCCUCAGCGUUGGGCCGAAGUAUAAGGAGAGAUUCCGUAUGCUUGACUUUAACCUUAGCAAACCAGAUCGUGUGGUCAUUCACAAGCGCAUUAGCUCGUCCUCUAUCACACCAAAGGAACUUGCCGUCAUGAGCUCGACUGACUUAGCGAACGAAGAGACGAAACAGUCAAUCAAAAUACUGGAGAAAGAGUCUCUGGAACAUUCAAUCCUGCAGAAGUCAACUGUUCCUCGUGCGAAAAUCACUCAUAAGGGCCUGCAGGACAUUGAGGAUGUGAACGGCGAUGUUGUGAUGCGCGAGCGCGAGCGUGAGAGGGAGCGUGAGAGAGAGGAUGAAGAGAGACGAGAAAGAGAGCGACAGGCGCGUCUGAGGGCCGCCGAGGAGCAGCAGAAGCAGCGUGCGUCUACAGCUGCUCAGGGAUCAGCACCACCUGAGUCGCCAGUCGUACCUCAUACGUCGAGUUGGGGUAGGCCUCCGCCCGGGCCCAUGCAUUCAGUCAAUCAAUUUCCGACAGGCGAUGACAGACCAUCUGUGCAUCCCUUAUUCGCACCUUCCGCAUCUGAUUUUCAAACGAUGCUUCCAGAGCCUGAGCUUGAUAUCGCGGAUCUCAUCAACCUAGAUGAUGAGCCAGGCCCACAAGAUUUGGGUGCGGAGAUGCUGGAGACUCCAGCGCCGGAGGCUCCUAUGCUUGCUACAGACAGUGCACCUGCUGCAGCCCCAGAGCCUGCACCUGCCGCGGCCCCAGAGUCUGCCCCUCCACCCUCCCAACCUCCUGGGUCCCCUCCUUCUACUCAGUCGGCUACAUCUACACCCGCCCCCUCGCUCACGCCGAAGCCGGACACGCCUGCUCGCACAUCUUUCGACCUCAACACUUUAUGGUCAGCUCCGCCAGUAGCACCUCCUGAGUCCGCGUCAGACCCUGGAGUUUCACGAGAGCCCCACAUGGACAUGGAUCUCGUUGCUACAGAAGCUAACGAUCAAGAUUUCGAUAUGUUCCUUGAGAAAGAACAAGAUUCGGAGUCCUCGCAGAUGGGUCAGCCUUCUCAAGAUCCUGAAUUGGUUUUCAACGCUGUCCCUCUUGUUUGGAAUGGCAAGAUAUCUAUGCCUCUAGAUUCGACAACUAUCCAGGAAGCACCUGUGGUUGCGCGCCAAGUUGGAGGACGAAUCUUAGGCCACGACUCUGACUUAUGGAAGACCCUCUUCCCCUCUGAUGUUCUCCGCAUUGAUGGUCGUGUUCCUACGGAGAAUUCUUCGCACUUCCUCCUCCAAAUGCGAAUGAAUUCGCAGAAGGAGCUCAUCGCAUGUGCAUUUUCUGCAGUGGAAGGGAACCCAGUGCUGCAGACGUUCACCGAGUUUCUUCUCAACAAAAAUCGCCAUGGACUGGUGUUUCCGUGGGGCAACCGACCGAAAGAUUACCACCCCGGCAAGGAAUUAUACAUGGUCCCACUGCUCGCAAGCCAUCCUUUGCCUGACUUCAUCGAGCUUAUGGAUAAUUUAUGCCUGCCCAAGACCCGCAAGUCGAAUUAUGUCGUCGGUAUUUGGCCGCUACCACCAUCUACGCCCCAAAAUCCCACUCAGGUCAUCCCACCGCUGCUGCCUCACGUGCCUGCUGCUGCCAAUCAUCUUAUUGGCCAACCGGGCCCUUCCACAGCCCCUUCUGUACCACAUAUGUCUGCGCCUGCACCCUUGCCCAUACAGGCAACCAUCAAUGCGCCUGUACUUCCCGCUGCCCUACAGCAAGCAUAUCCUCAGCUUGCUAACACGUCUCUUGCAGCAGAGGUAGCUCUCCUCACGCCAGAACAGAUCCAAAUCGUGUUAAGAACGCUAUCUGCGGAUUACGGCAUGAGUGUUGGCAGUCAUACCACCGCACCAACCGCACCCACCUCCAUAGUACCCACACCACAUCAGCUAUGGAACAACACUACCCCAUAUGCAGGAGGUGUUCCUCCUGUUGGCCUACCACAGCCAGCCGCGGUCCCAUCACCUAUUCGCCCUAAUCCCAUGUCACCACCAACGGGUCCUGCGCGUGGGUCUUUCAAUAAUGGGCCGUACAAUCGUCAAGAUCGUGACCGAGAGUUCCGUCCUGGACCGGGUUCCCAUCAUGACGGACCAGAGCGUGGAGGACUCCCGAACGGUGCACGUGGACGGGGUAGGGGCCGGGGACGAGGGAGAGGGGAUGCACCACACCGCCCUCAGGAUUCAGGAUGGCAAAGAAGUCGGACUCGUAGCGGACCAGACUAUGAAGGUCAUUCACCUCAACGAAGCCAAUGGGAUGGUCUGCCUCAUCCUAGAUGGUGAUGUGCGCUACGUGAUUACCGCGCAUUAAGUUAUUACUUUCGAUAUGGAUCGCUUCGUUCAAUUAUAUUACUCGUUUUGUACGCAUGUAACUUGUAAAGCGGCUAUGUGCUGGCGAUUGUGAAAGUCUGUCUUGGUCGGGCGCUGCAGGGCCUUCUAACUGAGACGUUUAUAAUAUUGGUGAAAUGUGCUC